AUGACUGGGCAUGUUCGCACGGAAUGGGGAAAAUCUCCGGAGUCUGCAGAGGUGCCUUUGGAAUCUCUGUCUCCAGAACUGAUGGGUGUGAAGCCCUCGUCUCCUCUGACCAUAAGGGUCUCACAAGAGCCAUGGCCACGCUUCGAGCGUGCUGGCUUCCUCCUCGACGCUUGCUCCUGCGGAUAUAUAUCACUAUGGAUAGCGUCAAGCUGUGCUUUGUCCAUACACAACAAGUUCAUCUUGGACACGUGGAAAUUCAAUUACCCAUGCUUGUUGACCACAUGGCAUCUAGCGUUUUCCGCUGUCAUCACACAUCUCAUGUUAUACCGUCGAAUUUUACCGGGGGGUGACGAAGGCUCAGGCGUGACGAAACAAGCAUACUCUACGACUAUUCUCCCUGCAGCCUUGCUCCUCGGUCUCAGCAUCAUCUUUGGGAACAAGGCUUUCUUGUACCUCAACGUGCCUUCCAUUCAAAUGAUCAAGACGUCCAGCCCUGCCGUGGUUCUGUUUGUCUCGUGGCUAUUCAAGCUCAGUAGGCCUGGUAUUCGAGUGCUGGUCCGCUUCGCCCUCCUCGUCAUUGGCGGCACCAUUACAUCUGCGGGUGACGCUCAUUUCAACAUUGUUGGAGCCACAUACCAAGUCUCGGCCAUCUUCACACAUGCGGUCCGAUUGAAUCUGAUCCAACUCUUCGUCAAGUCUUCCGAGUCCCAAAUGCACCCUCUCCGAUUUUUACAUUAUCUCACCCCACCAGGAGCUCUGCUCACCGGUUUGGCCGCUUACGUGUUUGAACCUUCAGCAUUCUCCGUCCAUAACUUGGUCAAAGUGAGAGUGUAUCAUCUGAUCCUCAACGCCGCCCUCGCCUUCACCGUGAACAUUUCCAUGUUUUUCCUGAUUGAAAGAACCUCAGCAUUAACUGUCACCGUGUGCGGCAUCCUGCGCGACAUGGUGUUGAUUCUGAUAUCAAAGAUCGUAUUUGUUGCCAGAUAUCCUGUUCAACUACGAGACGCAGAAAUGGUCUUGGUGGUAGUUGCCCAUCCCGACGAUGAAUCCUUGUUCUUCGGUCCGACAAUCUUAAGCUUGACCCAGCGCAGGGCUGCAGGCUUGGACACAGCAUUGUUGGUUCUUUCUUCUGGAAAUCACUAUGGAAAGGGCGACAUCCGUAAGAACGAAGUCAAAGGCGCCUGCGCCGUUUUGGGCAUUCACAAAGACCACUGCGACGUCCUGGACAUGCAAGACUUGCAGGAUAAUCCGGACCGCGCCUGGCCUCGUGAAACUGUCGGCGCAAUCGUGAGAGAAUAUGUGUCCCGCUGGGAUGCUGACGCUAUAAUCACCUUCGACGAUGGAGGAGUUUCUGGGCAUAAAAAUCACAUCGCAGUUAGCGACGGCAUUCUGAAAAUAUUCUCACCUAGGAAGCCAAAUAUACCGGUCUACACAUUGACAACAACCAAUGUCGUGCGAAAAUACAGUCUUCUAGGCGACCUGCCACUGACUUUCCUGAGACUGGCCAUGGGCGGCAUGUUUUCUGGACAAAAUGGGCGUUCGGCUCUCUUCUUAAAUUCAUUUCCCCUGUGGUGUCGUGGAGUCGUGGCUUUUAUGCGGCAUUCUAGCCAAGUCAGCUGGGACAGGUACAUCUACGUCGUCCUGAGUCGGUACAUGUGGUUCAAUGAUUUGCGGCUAGCUCGAGGCCCGGAUUGA